GAUGGCGGCGGCGGCGGCGCAGCUUCGGUACCGCCCGGCGGGCGGGGCACUUCCGGCGGGGCCGUGCGCGAGGCGGGGGCGCGGCGGGUUCUCCGCGCCUCGGCCGAGGCCCCGGCGGGGGCCAUGGGCACGGCGGGGGGCGGCGGUGCCGCCGGUGCCCUGCGGCUGCCGGGGCUGCACGGCUACGCGGCGGAGUUCUCGCCCUACUGGCCGGGGCGCGUGGCCUGCGCCGCCGCGCAGUACUACGGCAUCGCAGGUUGUGGAACUCUGGCAGUGCUGGAACAAAAUGAAGCUGGCAUUGUUCUGCUCAGGAGUUUUGACUGGAAUGAUGGCCUGUUUGAUGUGACCUGGAGUGAGAAUAAUGAACAUGUGUUGAUCACUUCUAGCGGAGAUGGAUCUCUGCAAAUCUGGGAUACAGCUAAAACCAAAGGUCCGCUGCAAGUCUAUAAAGAGCACACUCAGGAGGCAUAUAGUGUUGACUGGAGCCAAACUAGAGGAGAGCAGCUGGUGGUGUCUGGUUCAUGGGAUCGAACAGCCAAGCUGUGGGAUCCAGCUGUGGGGAAGUCAUUAUGCACUUUUAAAGGCCACGAAGGGGUCAUUUACAGCACUAUAUGGUCUCCACACAUCCCAAGUUGUUUUGCAUCUGCCUCAGGUGACCAGACUUUAAGAGUUUGGGAUGUGAAAGCCCCAGGAGUCAAACUUGUGAUACCAGCCCACCAGGCUGAGAUCUUGAGCUGUGACUGGUGCAAAUAUGAUGAGAACUUGCUGGUAACUGGUGCAGUUGACUGUAGCUUGAAAGGCUGGGAUUUGCGGAACAUCCGGCAACCAGUGUUCAUCUUGCUUGGUCAUACCUAUGCUAUCAGAAGAGUAAAAUUUUCACCAUUCCAUGCAACUUUGUUGGCAUCUUGCUCCUAUGAUUUUACUGUGAGAUUCUGGGACUUUUCCAAGCCUAACCCUUUGCUGGAAACAGUCGAGCAUCAUACUGAAUUUACAUGUGGACUGGAUUUAAGUCUUCACAACCGUGGUCAGAUAAAAAUGACUUUUAACAUCUGCAAUGAAAUUCUGAAUGGACAAAGCAAAUGAAACCAUCAUAAUUUCUGCUACUGAUAAAAAGACACAGGAGGAAGGUGUGGUGGACUGUGCUUGGGACGAACUAGUCAAGAUCUAUACUCCGUCAUGUCUAGCAGUUCCUGUUAGAGAAAAAGUGAAGAUCUGACACACCAGGAACCUCUCUCUCUUCCUCUGCAACCAGACUUGUGCUGAAGUGUCAGCUGUGUCACUAAUCUUAGUGUCUCUUUAAGUAAAACUCUGCUUGAACAGAGUGUUGUGUGCUUAAGCAUGUGGAGAUUUUAGGGCUUGGUUUACAGUACAGGUAGUACUUGAGCCAGCAAAACGUUCAACAGCUACUGAGUGGCCGUAGCAGAUACAAGCUGGUGUCUUUAGAGUAGAAUCACCAACACAAUAUUGUGACCUGUCUGGCUGAUGAUGAGAGCAGAGGCCUGAAUCUUCUUGAUCCUUACAAAGAGUAAAAGUAACUGGCAGUGUAUUUUGAGAGAUUGUCACUGUAGAAAAGACAAGACAAAAGCGGCUUUUCACUGUAAUGUCAACUGAGGUUUAUACCACUUGAAUGCAUUUAUAUUUAUAUGUUUUGCUGUGACUCGCAUUGCAUUAUUUUCUUGUGCAAUAUGACGAAUACUCCUGAUAGACAGUAAAUGUCAUAGUUUAUAGCCAGCUGAUUCAUUUGACCUUUUUGAUAGCCGCUUCACAAAGAUGGUAAAGAUUAUUUUCAUACAUUUUUUCUGUUAGAUCUCCUUGAGUAAAACAGUUGAUGAAGUCAUGCAGAAAGAUACUCUGAUGAUAGAGAAAACGCUUAGGAAAAAAUGAAAUACAUACAACACUAAUUGGAUCACAGUCCUCAAGAUUUAGAGAUAGGACAACCAUCUCCUCUAUUAGACUUGUCUUCUAUUUUCACUUAAAGUUUUUCCAAGAGAUAGAAGAGGAAUGUGGCCGUCUAUUCAGUGUUUCUGGACCUCUGACAGCCUGGCCAAAGUGAGAACUGAUGUCCAGACCACUUGAACCUGCAUACAUGCAGAUUAACUGCAUGACAUAAGCAUAGCAGAUCCAGUGUGGCCAAGCUAUUAUACUUAAAAAAAUAUGCACAACGUUUUAUAGUUACGUUGAGUACUUCACAUGCCCGCUUUCACUCCUCAGCCCACAUGCUGGUAUUUUCAUCUGAGUUUUUCUGGGGCAAGUAGAGAUGUUCAGGUUUUGUGCUUCUCUAGUCUCCUUUAAAUACUCUUUCAGGAUCCAACUGUGAUACUCCUGCAGUUCUCAUUGGUAUGUGUUAGGCUUCUCCCCUGGUUUCCUGCUUGCCUUUUUUUUUUUUUUUUUUAACCUUCUUAAAGCUGUCUCCCUUCUGCUGUUACCCCAUAUCAACAAUCUUUAUCAUAAAAAGACUCUUUGCAAGUCAGGGUCUUUGCAGAUCUUCGGUCGGGUUUUCAUAGUCUCCUGCUAAUGAAUGCUGUACACUUUGGGGUUACACCACUCAUAUCAAGCAAUAGCAGACACUGCCAGAUCUGUUGGAUGCUUUGAAGAAAUGAAAGAAAGAAUUCAGCAGACCUAAGAGCUGCAAGUUGCAAGGAAAGAAUGAUUGUGCUACCUUGGAGAAAGAGCCAGGGAACUAGCAGGUAGCCACAGAGAGAUAAGCAUAUAUUGAUUUGGUGUUAGGGCAAGACAGAAAGAAACCGUCUUCUCCAACAUGAGAAUUUGGAUCCUGAUAGGAUCUUAUCUUUUUCUGAGUCAGUGCAAACUGACCCAGAAUGCCAUCUUCUCAAGCUGAAUUAAUAACAAAAAGUAGAUUUUCUUUUUUUGUGAUAGUGUGUUGCACCAAAUUCCACAUGUUUACUGCACUUCAAUUCUGUGUGCUGAGGAAUGAUGCAACGAUAAAACUGUGCUGCAUACAGCUUUCAGCAGUACCAUGGGCCAUGAAAUCUAAUUUUAGGCAUUAAAAUUGAUUAUUUCAACUUUAAUAGUUACUCUACUCUUCUGCUUUAUCACUGUUUUCUGCUUAGACUACAAGUUACUUGUCUGACUGAGUGGAACAUUUUGGUGGUGGGUAUGUAUUUUAUAUGUGUAUUUCUGGGGGGAGGGAGAGGGGAGGAUAUUCCAGAAUGCUGCCAUAGCCUAACAGUUGGAAGGGGAAAUUUAGAAAAUGUAGCACGGGGGGGGAAGGAAUUCUGAACAUGCACACUCAACACGUGCAUUAAACCUUUUAACUGCCUUCUCUCCCUUCAUGUCCUGGUUAGCUUCAGUGCUGAGGGUUGCUGCAUCUGGAUUUAAUGCUCUUGAAAAAUGAGCGCAUCCGGAAGAUGCACAUAGUAAAUAAAAACUGUGGCCUUUAAUCUUCCUGCAUGAUCUUUGAAUGGAGAGAACGUGCUGUAACAUUUCUGCACUGUAACAGAAAAACCAGUCUGGCAAUAGUUGUUGCUGAUUCUUAAGUCUCAGGGAAUGUUUGCUGUAAUUGUUUUAAAGAAAUACUUUUUAUUUUAUGACCAUAAAACUAGCUUCUGAUCUUUUUUUUUGUUUACUGAAACAGACCUUUAAUGACAAUAAUCUUAAAGAUGUGAUGUGUUCUACUUUUAAACUUGUUCCUGUGGAAGAUUUUGGUUUAUGGGAGCCCAUAGGUUUCUCCUUGAUUCAAGAAACAUAUUGAUUAAUCAUAUUCUAAAGGAGUGGAUUUGCUGUUCUAUAAUGCUAUUAAAUUAAUUGCACACAGUA